GGAGUAUCUUCCCAUGGGAGGAAUGCAAAAAUGGUUGAGGAAACACUAAAACUAGCCUAUGGGGAGGAUUCUAACUUGAUCAAAGACAAAGCGGAUUGCAGCAGUGCAAGCUCUCUCCGGAACUGGUGCAUGCCGACUCUUUGCGGACUUUCCAAAAGAGGUUUUUGCCCUGAUUCCCAAAUCUACAUUCCAGUCCCUACGUGGGCCAAGUGA